AUGUCGAGCAAUGAUGACAAGAAGGGCUACUAUAUGUUUUGUUGUGAUCGGCUUACGGUAGAAUUUGACAUAAGUGUGUGGAUCGAGUAUGGUAUACUUAGGACUACAUGUACUGACCGGCCCGCCGCUGGUGUUACGUGCCGCACCCCGCCCCCGACCCCCGCCCCCACAGCCACCUCACCGGAAUGGCUGUGGAAUGCGGGGAAGUCAACCCGGAAUACGGUCAAAAUGAUAUUUCUUAUAUUAUUUUGA